UUGCAAUCAGGACCUCGAGGAUACUUGAGUGGUCAUGGGUUGUCAUUCUGGUUGUUUGCGAUGGAUGUGAUUUGAAGGAAAUUCUCUAACUUGUUUGCUCACAGCGUCAAAGUUGCAAGCAAUGUAGAUGUGAAGCUCAACGCUCUCUGUUUGGGAUCUUCUUCUGGCGGUGCGAACAUCCCGCAGCAUGUCAAGAUCUAUGCCAAACUUGGUGUUGGCCUUGUCCCCACAGGAGAAGAGGAUGGCUGGACGUGUGUCUGUUCAUCAGAUGACUGUUUUCUCCCUCCUUUCGACAUGCCAAGUCCUACCACGAGCCCUCUGGCGUCUUCAGACUUGGAAGGAAACGAAGCAAAGAAAAGAGCUGCGGCGUCAGAUAGCAACGAAGCAUGUGAAGAGCAUCGAACGGAACUUCUUCGAUUGACAUUCAAUCGCGAGCUCGUGAUAGCACGAGGCAGCACCUUGCGCCUCCUUCUCCUCUCCUCUUCUGCCCAUGGCAUUGCCCUGAGGACCCAUCAGCAAACAAGUCAAGUGCAAGUUACAGACUAUGAUGACACAAUUUGCCUGUUUGCUGGGAGACUGGCGAAUGGUCAUGAUCCUUUUACAAGUACAAGAAAAAUUCUAGGUUUUGAGGUGAAGUCCAGUAGGAGACAUGAAAAUGAAGUUGAUCGAUCGAUGAAAGUGUCAAGAUAUGAUGAGAGAAAAACAAGGUCAAUCGCGUCUGCUAUUGGAGGUCAGAUUGUCGGGUUUGCAGGAGGUGUUGAGUAUGAAGUACUUUCGAGAUGAGAUUGAAAGAUUAU